AAAACCGGAAGUGUCGGGAUCAACUGUUGUCCGCAGUUUCUCAAUGCUGACAUACUAUUUGACACGUCGAAUCAAAUGUGACGCCUGUUGACCUGGGAUGUGAUCCGGUGGUGAGUGUCAGACUACAUUUUGUGACGAAUAUGAAAGCAAGCACCGCCACGCAUUUUCGGCAGCUUUGCUUCAACCUCCCAAGUACGUAGCCAAGCCAAGUUACUGGAGCCUGUCGCUUUAGACGCCACUUGGAAACAUGCUAUUGGUCAGUGACUUUUUAACUUAUUAACUUGUUACGCUCAACUUUUGUGACUCUGAGCACAUUUAAAGCAAACAAUGUGGCUACAGCAACGACUGAAGGGGCUACCCGGCUUGUUGUCAAGCAGCUGGGCUCGAAGACUUCUCAUCGGACUGCUCGUCUUCCUCAUUUUCUACUGGUACUUCGGAGCAGAGCGCAGGUGGAGGAUCUUCGGCGGCUCGGCUAUGCAGGGCGGGGCGGCUGGACUUUGUCUUCAGGCGGAAAUCCACAGAUGGAAGUCUCUUGUGGACCGCGGGGAGGGUUUAUACAGCACAUCUCAGGAACAACUAGACACACCUUUUGUAACAGGUAAUGGCCAUAUUCUCAUUGACACUGACUCGAACAAACUCUGGGUGGCGUCGUCUUCUCAGCCUGGUUCGGCUCCGGUCCAUCAGACUGAAUAUUCCCCCAUCGUGGGCGUUCAUCUCGAGGGGAAGCAGGCUGAAGUGCGAGCAGCCAUGAUGUGGUUCCGCAAAGGGUCUGUGCUGUCAGUGCGAUGUGCUUCACCUGUAGCUGGGCAGUCAUCCCGGGACUGUGUCACCAUAAGAGAGGAGUUUAUCGCCCACAGGAGUCGACACAACGUCUACCUUCAGAGGAUCCACAUCAACAACCCUUCUGAUAAGUCGACCACCUUUGAGAUCUCCUACAAGACUGUCAACUCUGGCGGCAAGUUCUCCACCAGCGUGGACAAAGUGGAGGACAGAGAGAUAGUGCUCUCGUCGGGCAGAGUCCCUUUAGAGAAGAACCGUAUGGUGCUGGUGGUGGUAGUCUCCAAAAAGAUCAACAGCAGGAUACAGGUUUUUCCUAAAUCCGAGUACACGGACAAUAUCCUGUCUGUUGUGAGGACUUCAGAGCCCAUCGAGCAGUCCAAGCUGGAGGAGACGUUCACCAGCCUCCGGGAUGCAGCCAGAAAAGAGCUGGGAGAGCUGCUCAGGGUUAAUGGUGACGAUCUGGUCGUAGAUCACCAGCAGGCCUGGAUGGAUCUCUUCAUUUCAGGCGUCGAGAUGAGAAAGAUCACGGACUCGCACACGCCGUCGAGCCGCACGGUGAACGCCACCCUCUACUAUGUCCUGUCCUCCUCGACGGCUCCCUUGUUGGAGCGGAGGCUGAGCGGCGAGGAGCGCGCCCGCCUGGAAUCCAGCCUCAACUACGCCGACCACUGCUUCAGCGGCCACGCCACCAUGCACGCCGAGAACCUGUGGCCCGAGAGGGUGAGCGGCACCGCUCAGAUCUUGCAGCUGGUCACGCUCUGGACUCUGACCCUGCAGAAGAGAGGCUGCAAGGUGCUGGUGGCGGCCGGCGCCCACGGAGCCAUGCAGGGUAUGGUGCUCAGCUUCGGCGGGCUUCAGUUCACCGAGAACCACCUCCAGUUCCAGGCCGACCCGGAUGUGCUGCAUAACAGCUAUGCCCUGAGGGGGAUCCACUACAACCAGGACCUCAUCAACCUUGCGGUACUGCUGGACACGGAGGGCAAGCCUUUCCUCCAUGUGUCCGUCAAGCCUCAGGAGAAGCCCGUCAAGCUGUACGCGUGCGAGGCCGGCUGCCUCAACGAGCCUGUGGAGCUGACGUCGGAGGUCAAAGGCCACACCUUCCCCGUCAUGGUGACUCAACCUAUCACCCCGCUACUUUACAUCUCCACGGACCUGCGACACCUGCAGGACCUGCGCCACACGCUGCACCUCAAGGCCAUCCUGGACCACGAGGAGCACAUGGCCAACAGGUACCCGGGCCUGCCUUUCCUCUUCUGGUUCAGCGUGGCCUCGCUCAUCACCCUCUUUCACCUUUUCCUCUUCAAGCUCAUUUACAAUGAGUACUGUGGCCCUGGUGCCAAGUCCCUCUUCAGGAGCAAGGUAUAAUAUCAGAAAACUGCUAGAUAAAUGAUUGCAAACUGAGCUUAGUUUUUUAUAUUUGUGUGUGUGUGUGUGUGUGUGU